AUGAAUCAUGGAAUAAUUAGAUGGUCCAUGAGUUUCACUGGAUAUAGAUCUGUAGAUGGAACCGGUGUUAACGUUAUUAGUUUUGAAGAGAUUAAUGCGGAUCAUCCUUAUGGAAGUUGUUUCAAAAAUCCAGAUAAUUUAUUUAUCGACGGUGCCAUGGGAACAGGCCAAAAUUUCGUCACCAAUUUCAAGACGAACAAAACUUUAAAUGGUCCAGGUGUAUUGUCAUUUCAUAAAUUAAAUUUCUCCGGUGUAUUAAACUUUGUUCCAGGACCAGCAGGACAAGAACUUCCUU